AUGGUCGCUGAUGGCGAUAUGGUCGCUGAUGGUGUUGCUGUAUGUUCCGUCACCUGGGUAAGUAAUUGUGUGUUUUUUGUUCGUCUUUGUAUUCCAGUUUCCACUUUGUGUGACAAUAGUUCUGUCUUUGGAGAGGUGAAUUCUCGGCAUCAUUGGGAUUUUCCAAGCCGGGAUAGUCGUUGGUCGGUAGCUUGAGUUCCUACUUGACAGUCAAAUUGACUUCAGUUCGUGGUUACAGCCUUGCUAAACGUAACGUGCGUCCUCUUCAACAGAGCUAUACCAUCCAAAGAACUGUCGUGCUUAGGUCAUGUGCUAUUACUCUAUAUGCUCUUGCUAUUCGUUCACUGAGUGAUCGCAUGUUAAUAUUAUUCAACUUUUUCUACGAGUGAAGAUCUUAAUUUACAACACCUACUAAGGACACGGCAAAGCUUAAAUCAAGCACUUGCAUAGAUAAUUAAUCACACCUGAUUGCACAAUACCCAAAUUGUUUCAAUGGGAUUGGCAAAUUUCAAGGGGAAUAUCACAUCACCUUAGACCCUUCAGUUCCACCUGUCAUUCACCCCCCCCGACGCGUACCUAUUAGAGCUAGAUAUUAUAACCAAAGUUAUAGAAGGUGAACCCACAGCAUGGGUCAACAGCCUAGUUUACCGAAGGAAACCCAAUGGAGGCUAAGAAUAUGCCUGGAUCCGAAAGACUUGAAUGUCGCUAUCCAACAUGCACAUGACCACCAUGUUACACCAACCUUAGAAGAAAUUCUACCAAAGUUGAAUGGUGCUACCCAUUUCUCUAUCCUCGACGCAAGAACGUGACAACUAGUCCGACUACUGGAACGUAACAACUAGUCCAACUACUGGAACGUGACACAAGAUGAAGAAUCCAGUUAUUUAACAACGUUGAACUCACCCUUUGGGCGAUGUCGAUUUAAACGAAUGCCAUUCGGUUUAAAGAUGUCACAGGAUGUUUUUCAAUCAAAAAUUGAUCAAACACUUGAGAGUUGCAAUGGUGUUGUGGAAAUCGCUGACGACAUAGUGGUCUUUGGCAAGACAGCGGAAGAGCAUGUUGAAAGCCCACAUGGUAUGAUGGAGAGAUGCCAAAACACCUGUCUAGAGCUCAACCCUGAGAAAUGCUUCAUAAAGCAGAAGCAGAUCAAAUUCUAAGGAGUUGUAUGCAACGAAGAGAGCAUUAUGCUAGAUCAAUCCAAGGUUUCCGUCUUGAAAUAGAUGACAAAGCCCAUAGAUCGUCGUGAGAAGUUGUUCUACAAGUGGACGCUUCAACAAAGGGUAUCGAAGCAGCACUAAUACAAGAAGGGACGUGGAGAGCAGACAUCGAAAGAGAAAUGCUGGCUGUUGUAUAUGAAUGAGAACGUUUCCACACCCAUUUGUUUGGACGACCAGUAAUUGUCCAUACUGACCACAAAACGCUCGAGGGUAUCCACCUGAAGCACCUCACGUCUUCGCCACCCAGACUGCAACGUAUGCUACUCCGGUUACAAACCUACGAUCUAACUAUCAAAUAUAUUCCAAGAAAAGACAUGCUACUAGCAGAUGCUCUGUCACGAUUAUCCCCCGAAGAAAAGAACCCAGUGAAAGAUAUGAACGUGGAAAUUCACGAAGUUUGCCCACAAUUUAGCAGCGAGAUGAUCCAAAAGGUCAAAUAAGCAACAACUUCUGAUCAAGAGCUGAUGAUGCUCAAAACGAUUGUGCACGAAGACUGGCCAACAUCAAUUAAAGAAUUUACACAAGUUCUCAAACCGUAUUGGUGCUACAGAGACGAAAUUACUACCGACAAUGGAAUACUCAUGAAACGGCAAUUAAUCAUUAUACCAUCAAUCCUUCAAGUUGAAAUUCUUGGAAAACUUCAUGCAGCACAUCAAGGUGCAGAGAAAACAAAACUUGUGCCAGAAUAUCCGUUUCUUGGCGAAAGAUGAACGAAGAUAUCGACAGAAGAACCAAAUCUUGUCGUACCUGCCAAGAAUUUCAACAAACACAAACCCGACAACCACUUAUCCCAACAGAGAUACCACCUCGCCCUUGGCAUACAAUUGCCACUGAUCUGUUCUAUCUUGAUAACACAGAAUAUUUGCUUAUUUCCGAUUGUUACUCCAAGUACCCAUUUGUUAGGAAAAGCCCAAAAGGGCAGAGCAACAGCAAGACCAUUAUAGCGAUCCUAAAGCAGAUAUUCAGCGAACAGGGAAUCCCGGAGGUCGUUCGUCUGAUAACGGUCCACAUUAUUCCAGCAAUGACUAUCGCGAAUGUGCUAAUGAAUACGGGUUCCAGAUAGAAACAAGUUCGCCCCACUAUCCCCGAAGCAACGGGUACAUUGAAAGUCAAGUGAAGACAGUGAAAGCAAUAUUAGCUAAAGCUAAGAAGACCGAAACUGACCCGAACAUUGCUCUCCUUUGCUUGCGCUCCACACCGAUAGAUAAUGCGUUACCAUCACCGGCAGAACUGUUCAUGAAAAGGAAAAUUCAAGACAAUUUACCGCGGAAAAUUACCAGGGGUCACAAUAGUGAUGACAUUAUAACCAGAUUAUAG